UGUCAAUUGUCAAUAGUUUUGGUGAUGCAUUGCAGAUGUUUUGUUUAUGUAAACCGCUGCAACCAUAUAUAAAUGUGAAAUGAGUUCUAUACAGGAGCGUUUACAAUUAAAACGUGUGCCACUGGACACGUGGAACGUUCGAGAACAGCUAUGUCUUGCGUCCGCGGUCGUCAGAAGCGGCGAUCAAAAUUGGAUGUCAGUAUCCCGGGCUCUAAAGACCAUAGGUGAACCAAACAGACCGGCCGAUUGGUAUUCACAGAAAAGCUGCGCAGCGCAGUAUGGCGCACUGUUGGAGCACGUGGAGACGCCGAAGCGCAAGAAACGCAACUCGGAGGGCGGGGUCGAGACGCCGCAGGAGUGCAUUCUCAAACGGCUAACGGAGCAGCGCAUACACGAGAUACAGAGCAGCAUUGCGGAGAUGAACCAGCAGUACGAGCAGCUUAAGAACGAGAUAUCGGAGGUGCGCAAUGCGAGCACGCCCGAGGAGCGCCUGCACGAGCUCUGGUCGGGGAUAGAGGCGGCGAAGCGUGCGAGGGAGAAGGAGAGCGCCCGCCGCGCCGCGUGGCUGAAAGAGAGGGACGAGAAGCGGGCGCGCGCCGAGCGCACGUGGCGCCCGAGCGCGCAGCCCCCUGCCGCGGCCGCAUCGUCGACACCGUCGUCACCGCUUCUGUCGUCCCUGCUAAAGUCGACCCCCGUGGUCACGACCCCACAGCACAUAACGCACCCAGCUAAUGUGGUUGACGCGAUAUCGCCGAGCGCCGGUGCGCCGACGCUGUCCCUCCUGCUGGAGCAGCCGCAUGAGAACAAGCACGCGGCGAUAGAACAUAUUAAGAGUCAGUUGGUGCAAAUCGAACACCAGUUGAAGGCCUUCAGGGAUAUUGACAUAAAUAUACCACCAGUGACGACCAUGCACAAGGCUUCUCCUAGGGUCGAGAAACAGUUUAAGAAGGAGGAUGAACAGACAGACGAACCGGCACCGACUAUACCAGAGGAUAUUAAGAUGGAAACUGACGCGACCGAGCCAAUCGUCGAACCGGACACCCUGGAAACGGCUGACGUGGAAAUGACGGAGGAAGUGCAAGUGGAACAGCCGGCGGAAGUCGAAGAGACGCCCCCCGCCCCGCCGGCGGAGGCGGAAGUGAAGGUGUCGUUCCCGGAAGUGAAGUUCCCGACGCCGGAAAUAAAGGUUAUACAGCCCGAAGGGCAGAAGGUAAAAGAGGAAAUACAACCAAAGGAACCGGAAAUUCCGCCCGAAGAAGAGAUGGUAGAAGUUGUAGAAGAAGAGAAGGAGAAAGAGAUGGCAGUAGUCAACGAAGAGCCGCCGGUCAAGGAGGAGAUCGUAGAGGAAUCACAAUCGGAGCCGUUAGUGGAGGAAGGUCAGCAUCAGGAAGACGAGCCACCGGAAGUAGCCGCGCUCGAUGUGAUGGAGUUGCAGCCUGAGGAUAUACCGCUCCCGCCGGAGGAUCCGCCCGCUGUUCCAGAACCGGUCAAAGAACCGACUCCACCGCCGGAGGUUAAGGAGGAGAAACAGGAGAUAGUAGAAGAGAAGAGAGAGACGGAAGAGCAGAGUGGAGAGGAGAAGGUGUCGGAGGAUGAUAGAAAGGAUGAAGAUGCCGAGGACUCAAUUCCACUGAAGGAGAUGAUAAAGGAGGAGUCGUUGGCGCAAGAGAAGAAAGAAGAAGACACGCACACGGAGACGGACGACGACACUCCCAUGGAGUUAAGUAGAGAAGAAGAGAAAGACGGGAAGAAGAAAAGAGAUUAUUCGAGAAAGAAAAAGUCGGAUUCGAGAACGUGCUCCGGGUCGGAGAGCGCGCCCGAGUCGCCCAGCUCGAGCGAGGCGGAGCGGCAACACCGCCUGUGGAGGAAGAGCGUCAUGCUCGUGUACGGCAGGCUGUGCGCGCACAAGUACGCGUCGCUGUUCCUGCGGCCGAUCACCGACGAGGAGGCGCCCGGCUACAGCUCGCUGAUAAAGCGGCCCAUGGACCUGUCCACCAUCCGCCGGAACAUUGACUCGGGGGUCAUCAGAACGACGGCGCAGUUCCAACGGGACGUACUGCUGAUGCUCUCCAAUGCGCUUAUAUACAAUAGCAGCUCGCACAGCGUCUACACGAUGGCGAAGGAGAUGUUCGAGGAGGCGCACGCGCAGCUCGGCAUGCUGGUGGCGGCGCAGGCGCACGCGGGGCUGGUGGCCUGCGCGCCGCCCGCGCGCAAGCGCCGCCCGCUCGAGCCGGCGCACAAGCCGCCGCGCGCCUGACUCGCCACUCGACUUACAACUUUUUCAACACAUUAGGAACAAAUAAAGAGAUAGUAUUUU